AUGGUUUCGACUCGCAACCAUCCACAGGACUUUCCUUCUCAAGAGCCCGAUGAGUCGAUUCUUCAGACGCCCUCGAAGAAAGCUCGAUCCACGAUGACGACAUCGACAUCGCAAGACGUCCUCCAUCGAAACAACAGUCAGAAGUCUUGGUCUCAUACGCCGUCGUUUCUGACUCUACUGUGGCUCGGAAUAUCGUUACCAUUGGUCACGUGGGACACGUUCUAUGUCUUUCUACGUCCGCACUCAAUGCCUGGAGGCAAGUACCAAAAGCCUCUCUGGGUGCCAUACGAGCUUUAUGGCCAAGUUGAUCACGUCUAUGGCUGGCCCGCCUACAACUCGGGCAAUGGCUUUACUGCUGCUCAAUCUGGCGUGAACGUCGUCGAAUGUGUAGGAUACAUCUAUUAUCUCUAUCUGGUCUACACUCAUGGAAAGACUGAACCGACCGUCCAAGGCACUGGCGCUCCCGACAAGCAGCAGAUUGGCAAGCUUGCGCAAAGCCGAACAGUACAUGGGAGCGCUGCGGCCAAAGCUGUCGUUCUCCUAUACGGCGUUGCUCUUAUGACUCUGAGUAAGACAGUGCUUUACUGGCUCAAUGAGGUCUUCUCUGGCUUUGCCAAUAUUGGACAUAACGACCCCGCGUCAAUCUUCUUUCUCUGGGCUCUGCCUAAUGGUCUCUGGAUCGCCUUCCCGAUAUAUCUCGUUUACGUAUCCGCCAAAGAGAUUCUGGAAGGCCUUCAGGUUGCGAUAGGCGAUACCAAGAAGUCUCUGUGA